AUUUAUUAACAACAACAAUAAUUAACUAUUAAGGGCAUUAAGGCGUUCGUGACUGUUAGAAAGUAUACCAGUAUUCCAGUCGUUUAAUUACUUUUGUGACCGUCUGUACUAUAUUCACUUACACCAUGAAUUUGAUUCCGAGGUUUGGAAAAAAUGUUAAAUUUGGAUUGUUCAACUUGACUAAAAAGUAUACUACCCCAAGUACCACUCCAACGAAUCCCCCGCCUACAAAUUCAAGUGCAACACCUUCAUUCAAUUCAAAUAUCAAGUAUCCACUAACAAAUACAAGAAAAAUCUUAUGUGUCUGGGCUAAACGAUAUCCGUCACUGAAAGAUGUUCCAGAUCAUGUCACACCUGAAGUAUGGAACAAAGUGCGUUCUAUUAUACGAAUCAAAGUGGCUAAUUAUACAAUGUUCUUUAUAAUAUUGGGUUGUAUUGCAAUGAUUAUUACUGGCAAGAGAGCUCGUGACCGCGGUGAGACAAUAAUGCAAAGAAACUUGGAUUGGCACCAAAAGUACUCUGAAGGAAAAGAAGACUCAAAGACUAUUGGUGUAUUUGGAAAAUAAGUAGUUUUAGAAAUAUUAAUAUUAUGUAUUCAUAUUAUUUAAUUGUUAUACAAUGUUUUAUUUCUAUUAAUAGCUAUAGGUACAAGUUCAUUUUAUAAAACAAUGUACAGUUUUAGUUGUUUUUUUAUGUGUUCUUCAAGUUAAUAAAAUCUCAAAUAUAUUUUUUGAUUAAAAAAUAAUGAUAAUCAAUAAUUUACCUACUUUUACCAAUGCAAUAAUUACUUUUAUUUAAGUUGUUAAUUAUUGAAGAAUAGUUAGAUGUUUCAAUAGGUACCUAUUUAAAUUGGUGAUAAAUAUUUUUAAUAAUAACAUGUGGUUCAGUAGUUGUUGCAUUAUUAUUAGUUAUUACCAAUUUAAUAAUUUGCUUGUAAGCUUAUUUAUUAAUAUUUAAAGUAUAGUAACAUUUUAUCAAUUUAAAACUGUGGAAAAUAUAAUAUGUGCUCUCAAAUAAAUUUAUGGGCAUAUUGUAAUGCACUAUAAUAAACGACUAUAAAUUAGUACUAACUAAUAGCAUCUGUUUAAUUGCGUGUUUAUAUUCAAAACAAUAUUGCUAAAAUAAAAACGCAGGAAAUAAAUAAGUAUUUAUUUUAACUUAUUUUUAAUUGCAUAAAAAAUAAAUAAAUACAUUAUCACAAUCUUAAAACCUAGCCUCAUU